AUGAAAUCUUCUGGCCUGAAGACAGUCAGUCCAUGCACAAGAACACGAGAUGCACUCUGUGAACCUCUGGAAGGAUUCUAUUGUAUAAAAUCCAAAGGCUUAUACUGUGAUGCAGCAGAGAAACACAGACAGUGUAAACCAGGACAGUACAUCAGAGAUAAUGGAACAGCGUUGACAGACACAGUUUGCACUGACUGCAGUGCCGGGACAUUUUCAGAUGGGACGUUCACCACUUGUCGGCCGCACACGCACAGCAUCAAUGAUGCAGACGGCAUUGUCAUGGACUUCAUCGUCAUCGUCAUCACUUUGUGCGCUGGUAGAGGUGCAGCUUUGCUUUGUACUUCCUGAAGAAGAAAUGUCUAUCAGAUUCAACCGACAUUUGCCUCAGUGGCCCCUGAGCAACGGACUGUCCAAGGAAAAUCCGUAAUAACAAGGAUUUGUGAGAAAUUCUACAAUUGGUUGUCUGAGACAACAGAGGCGGUUGACAGGAUGGUCGCGGGCGUCCAGUGAAGCACCAAUAUGGGGUUGAAAAAAAUCCCAUUUGGAACUUGUACAUAUUGAUUUUUACAAAUAUAGAUGUGUAUAUGUAAAUAAUAUGACAUUUGUGAACUGGGUCUGAUAUCUCACCUCUGGCAAAAGUACAUAUAUUAUUAAAGCCACAGGAUCUGCAGACUUCUUAUCUGUCUGUGGACUUUCAACCACUCCAGACAAGAAGUGCAUCACCUGGUCCACUUGGUCAUCAUCUUCAAAAAGAAUCAAGGCCCUGUCCUCCUUCUUCUUCUGCCCAGGGAGACACAAUGUCGCCUCUGAUGAUUUUCUAUAAAUAUAUUAUAGGGGUUUAGUUUGUGUAUUCAUAUAUAAAUACACAAACACCACACACGAUGCCAUUAUUGCAGCAUGCCUUCAUCCUGAGUAAUGACAUGAACAACAGACAACUGGACUCACAUCGUUGCUGUUUGGUUGUUGGGCCUUUCCUAAAAUUAAAUUAUACAACACAUAAAUAUGAACAUUGAAUACAUGUGAUCUUGUGACAUACACCAACUAUGAUGAACCUAGACACAUCCUCAGUGAUGUUACCUGGAGUCCUUCAGCGUUCCGGGUCUUUCAAACAUCAUACAGACGUUGUUCAGACGACCCAGCCGAGGGCGAUCAAGCCCCGCCUUGUGUCCAGGUGAAUAAGACAUUUUCUUUCCCUGAUCAUUUGCACUUCCUUACGUAGCACAAGACUCUUUGAAGACGUGUCAUCUUGUUUGGCCACAGUGACAUCACCACACAAAUGCUUAGACUAACCAAGUCUUUGGGAGGAAAUCUUACUGUAGGGAUGGUCUGUGAAUGUCCAGUGGCACCUGUAGACAAUCAUCACAAUCAUGAUGGUGCCGGCAUGUCUCAAGUGCAAAUGUCAACAACUUCCAAAAGAGAUCCAUGUUGAAUGCAGAAUGACACAGUACCAUAGUAAACAUACAUGUUUUUUUGCAUCAUUUUUUAUGAUGGUCUGCUGUGGACGCUGGAGUUGCCGU